AUGAGGGGGAGGAGGAGGGGGAGCAGCGGCACGGCCACCGACUUCCUCGUCUGCUUCCCGCCGCGGGCGCACCUGGCGCUCAUGCCGCCCAAGACGGCCUGCAGCCCGUCGCGGCCGUCCGCCAGCUCCGAGCGCCGGCACAGCACCAGCGGCGCCCGGCCGUCGUCGUCCGGCUCGCACCUCAGGGUGGCCGCCAACAGGAACCCGAGCCGGCGCCACCACGCCGUGGACGUCGGCGAGGACAACGAGCCGUCGUCGCCCAAGGUGACGUGCGCGGGGCAGAUCAAGGUCUCCCGGUCGGCCAAGCCCAAGGCCGCCGGUGCUGGCGGGAAGAAGAAGGCCACGUGGAUGCAGGCGCUCGGGAUCAAGAAGGACGCCCUGCCCUUCCUCAGCGCCCUGCACGGCGCCUUCCGGCUCAACGUCUCCGGCUGCUUCGGCAGGUUCCCCGGCGCCGUCGUCGAGUACACCUCCGGGGAGGAGGACGAGGAGGAGGAGGAGGAGGAGGAGCAGGCGGGGCGCGCGGGGAAGGAGACGGAUCGGCGCCACGGCGACGCAUUGGCCAAGUGGUUCAUGGUGCUCGAGGAAGGGAAGAGGGCUCCCCGCAAGAACCAGGAGCACGAGCUACCGCACGAGGAGCAGGAGAAAGAAGACGCGGCGCCGCCGGCGAACGCGCUGAUGCUGAUGCGGUGCCGGUCGGCGCCGGCGAAGGGGCUGGCGAGGAGGCUAGGAGUAGCCGACGCAGGGGAGGACGAGGAGGAGGCCGAGAGCGAGAGCAACAAGGCAAGGGAGGAAGAGCCGGAGAAGGAGAACCUGGUGGUGAUGAGGUACCCGCCCGACUUCUUCCAGGUGUCCAUGGACAUCGCCAAGGAGACAUGGAUCGUCGGCGGCGACGACUCGGUCCUACGCUGCCGGAGCUGGAAGAAAUGA